ACACACUGCCCGCACGCCGCGGGCCUGCCCCGGCCUCAGCACCGAGCUCGGGUCCUCCUGGGGGCUGGUAACCGGGGCUUCCCUCCCGCCUGGCUCACAGGGCAGCGCCCAGCCCCGUCCCCAGCUCCAGGCCGCGGAGCCGGGCCCCAACGCAGCCCCGAGGCCCGGCGGGCAGCGCUAGGGGGAGCCCUUGCCCCUGGAGGCAGCAGGAAAGCAGCGUGCGCUGGUGCUGAGGGCAGUUCUUCCCAGGGCAGUUCUUGGCCUUCUUCUACCACGGCUCCUCUACAGACUGAACAUUUUCUGAUCACAGCACAGAGCCGCCCAUCCCUGCACGCGUACCUAUGUGUGUGCUCAGAGUUCUAUGUAGAGCUGACCAGCUGCAAGGCAGCGUAGCCAACAGGCACACCAACAGGGGCCGAGGGGCAAAAAUUCGUGUUUUGAAGGGGUUUAUUUGCGUGGAAACCGCAGAUCGCAAAGCUGCCCUGCGCGGUGGUCGGCACUGCUGGCUGCAGGGCUGAACUUUCACGGUUUGUAGCAGAGCCAGUGUCCGAACUCGUGCAGCACAGAACUCGGUGUUUCCCUGGCAAUGCGCUGUGUCUCCAAGCACACACGCUCCUGCGUGCGCAACCCUCCCCGGUGUCAUUUUCUCCAGUAGAUUAAAUCUCCAGCAGUGGCAAUUAACAGGCUCUGAUCUCUUCAGAAGCAGCACAGAGGUGUUGCCAGCCUGAAAAGACAACGUUCUGCCUUGGAGCUGUUCAUGGCUGCUGCUCCCCGUGGGCUCAGCAUGAUCCCGGGGCAGGGCCCGGUGCUGCAGGCGGUGCUGGGAACCCUCCUCACCUGGGGGCUGACGGCGGCUGGCUCGGCGCUGGUGUUCGUCUUCUCCAGCGGGCAGAGGCGGAUCCUGGAUGGGAGCCUGGGCUUUGCUGCGGGGGUCAUGCUGGCCGCCUCCUACUGGUCCCUCCUGGCCCCAGCUAUCGAGAUGGCCGAGCACUCCGGCAGCUUCGGAGCCUUCGCUUUCCUCCCCGUGGCCCUGGGCUUUGCUCUGGGAGCAGCUUUUGUUUUCUUCGCCGACCUGCUCAUCCCAGCACUGGGUUUCAGCGGGCCCCCCUCCACGGCGUUUGCCUUGAGCUGCGACCCACGAGCGGCGAAGGAGAAGUGCGAGCAGGAUCCUGCCUGCUGGCCGGAGCACGGGAGCGAGCUGUCCAUCCGGAUAGGUAGAGCUGGGCACCAUCCAGACAAGGCUGAGAACGGGGAGCCCUACCAGCGGAGGAGAGGUGUGGGGACCCCCCUGCCCGACGGCCCCCCAGUGUUCCCCACAGCCAGGGACGCUGCCCUGACAGCCAGCAGCAGCAGCUGGAGGCGAAUCCUGCUGAUGAUCCUUGCUAUAACCAUCCACAACAUCCCAGAGGGGCUGGCAGUGGGAGUUGGAUUUGGGGCUAUUGGAAAAUCAGCGUCUGCCACCUUCCAGAGCGCCAGGAACUUAGCGAUUGGGAUUGGCAUUCAGAACUUCCCCGAAGGCCUUGCUGUCAGCCUGCCUUUGCGUGGUGCGGGAUUCUCCACGUGGAAAGCGUUCUGGUAUGGGCAGCUGAGCGGCAUGGUGGAGCCCCUGGCUGGUGUCCUGGGAGCCUUCGCCGUGGUGGUGGCAGAGCCUCUCCUCCCCUACGCCUUGAGCUUUGCUGCUGGAGCCAUGGUCUACGUGGUCAUGGAUGAUAUCAUCCCCGAGGCGCAGACCAGUGGCAAUGGGAAGCUGGCUUCCUGGACCUCGAUACUUGGAUUCGUGGUGAUGAUGUCCUUGGACGUUGGCCUUGGGUAGGCAGCUCGCUGCUCCCCAGGAGAAGACUUCACAGCAAUUCCCAAUGGUGGCAUUUGGAACUGGACAUGCGUUAUGCUUUAGACUUUUUUUUUGUAUAUAUUUUUUUGAUCUGGUUGGUGUUGAUUUCCUGUAAUUUUAUAUAUCUCCUCCCCAUAACAUCAAGCCGAUGGUUUUCAAAGCACAAAUACGGGUGGUUCCUUGCAGGUCCUGGUUUCCUUUCGCCACCAGAUUUUUUUCUCCAAGAAGGUUGUUGCGAGACGCGUUGGCCGGGCUGCAGGUUUUCCUGCAGUUCUGGGGUGGUUUCUCUGAUUCAGGUCUCUCUUGGUUUUGAUCAUCCUUGUAGAAGAUUAGAAAUUCACUGUCGCGUGCUUAAGCCGGUCUGCGGUUAAGGACCAAAGUGUUUGAAUGCAGUAAACUCCUUAAGAGUCUCAAUUUCCACACCUGGCUUUGAAAGGCGGUGGAGGUGUUAGGACUGGGAUGACACGUGCAGCACCCUGGGGGCAGCAGGUCUGGUGGAUCCUGCUGUGCUGGGGGUUUGUCACGGUGUUUGUUGGUUGUUUCGGUGGAUGCAAAUAGUCCAAGCGAAUAAAAAUGAGUUUUCUUGGUAUUUCUGCAUGAGGAAAACACUGCGUUUUCCUAAACUUAUCUCCAAAGCAGGGCUUUGUUCCGAUGCAUUGUGGCUCAUCCAAUACCCAGAGGGCUUCUCUAGGGAAAAAAAAAAACCAAACAGGAGAGAAUAUCUGUGUUUUCUAGCACAUUCUCUGUGAGAAGGCAAUGUGUUACCAUCCACGUUGCUGCUACAUGAGCAUUGUAUGGCACAAUGCAUUUCUACCUGGGCCCGUGGCUGUGCCCAGCACUACGGAGCAGCUGCCAUUCUCCAGCUGCUGUGUCACUCUGAGCAUGGUGCUGUGUUACCUUGAGCCAGGACCAGCUCUCAUCCUGCUGAGCAGCAUCGGGAUGAAAUAACUCAUCAGUGUGCGUUAAUUAUCCAACCUGAAGAGCCAUGCACCACAUUUAUCUGCCUCUUCAUCCUCUUCCUUUCAAGCAUCUCCUAUCCAACAACCACGGGGUGGUUGAACCCUCGCUCAAGUGGGGAGCAGAAUGCAGGUGUGGGGAGGUCCACACUCUAGGGCUGUUCUGUUUUUCAGGAAGAGGAGCUAAUGAGGUCCUCCAGCAGGAGUAACUGAAUGGCCUGGCAGCAACUCAGCUGUACCUGCACCCAGCAGGGCUGCAGGAGGGCAGCAGGGUUGGGUGAGCUGAAGGAGAGCCAUGCACUUUUGUUUGGUUUGUUAUUUUGGUUGGAUUUCAUUUGUACUUCAUUUGUAUGUCACUCUGGAUGAUACAAAACUACUGUUUGCCAAUGGAUUUGACCUUUUAACUGUGAUUGGUUUCAAUAAAUGGGAAAUUCGGCGUUUGCACUGA